CACUCUUCUCCUUCCUACUUGAUGAUGUACGUUGUAUUCUUACAAAACAUUCACAUUUAUCUCUAUUUGUAAAUAAAUGAUUAGUUUUUUGUAACGGAUAUGUUUGUUCACAUGCUUGAAAUGUUUGUUCGUUGUUGAAACAUUACACGAGUAGAAAAUCUAUUGAUCUGUUCUAAUAGUACUCUUUUGGCAAUAUCCGAGACCUUUAUCUUUUUGUCUCUAUUUGCAGUGUCUCCUGAAGAAGCAGUACCAAGCGAAUCUUUUCAGAAUGAAGUAUCACCUCCAGCGGAAAGUUGAAACAAUUUCGUCCUCCUUUUUCUUUUCGUUUAUGAACGAAUAAAAUUGACAAAAAAAUACUGUUGAAAGACAAUUCUACUGCUUUUUCUAUUUUCUUGUUUAUUGUUUUCAUUUAUGAUUAUUCAUUUUUCUUUGGUGUGUGUUUGUUUGUUGUUCUACAAAUACGUUCUGUUUUUGUUGUUGAUCAUAACAAGAACGCAUUUUUGUACAACACUGUAUGUGUGCGUGUGUAUGUAUCGUUGACUUUAUGUACAAAACAAAAUUUAUGUUCUAUUUACUCUAAUUUGUAGAAUGUGUUGUACAGAUUUAUUGUCUGGUUUGAAUAUAUAUCUGUUUUGAAAAGCAAUUAGUAAAAAAUUAUGACAAUUUACAACGCAAAUACAGAUUUUACAUUGAAAAAAUGAAUCGAAAAAUCAACUCAACGAUCUUAACGGUUCAUCUGUUUCAUCAGUAAAACGAGAUCUUUUACUAAAACAUAGAGAUUUCUAUCAACGUUGAAAAUGACAAAAUCUUACAAUAUGUGGACAAGUCAUCAUAACGGUAGGGCAAGCGAAGAAAAUCUAUUUACAAAAUACCAGCAAUUAGUACAUUGGAAUAGGUUCAACAUUUGAUUAAGCAGUUUAGUCAAAUUAAAACAUUCAACAAAAUCUAUACAUGCUCCUCACCAAUGCUCCAAAAAAUGCAGCAAAAUAAGAUACCACAAAAAGUAGAGAAAUCUAGAUGUACUGUAAAGAACAAGAAUUUUUAGGACAAUUUGGAAGACAAAUAUUUUUAUCAUUAUCCGAUGGAUCACUCAUUAUCUUUGAUAAAUUAACAUUUCAAGCAUGUGAACAAACAUAUCCGUUACAAAAAACUAAUCAUUUAUUUACAAAUAGAGAUAAAUGUGAAUGUUUUGUAAGAAUACAACGUACAUCAUCAAGUGAGUUAUUUAAGAAGAAAGCGGCUGGUGUGGGACUAGCAUCAAUGAAAGGUCGUUUGGCUAAUAAAUAUUAUCAAGAAGCUGAACAAUUAUUUGCAUUAGUUGACGACGAGUAA